CCCACACACGAGCAUAGCAUGCUGGCAAGGGUCGCAUCUACGCAGUUUAACCUCCUUUUCAGAGUGAGCCAACGUUCAUAUCAUGGAUCCACUAUAUUACUUCUCCACAAACGAGUUCCCGCGUCGCGACAUUGGGUCACUGAGAUCUUCAAUCAGAGGAUGAGCUGCUGUAUUUCCUUGGAGGUUUUCAAUCUCAGUUGCUUCAAUGGCUCUUUACAAAUUCAAUGGAGACUUAUUGCCGGAGAGAAGAGGCAUUGUCGGUGAGGUUUUCAAUUCGCUCGGUCGAACAGACCAUAGUGUUCGGGUCGUUCGUCGAGGAAGGAGGUUCGCUCGUUUUACUAAACCCAGUUUUUUGAUUUGGGUAUUGCUGCUUUCUGCUAUCUUCUUGAUUUCUUUCUCUGUCUUUGGCCUCAAAUUGCAACUUCCUGGUAAUUUGGAAAUUUUGGAGAGCAGCAUUUCAUCUUCACAGAAAUUUGAUAUUGGUGGUAAUAGAGAAAGAAGCGUCAAGUUUUCGAAUGAAGUCCAGCAUGAAUUUUCUGGAUCUAAUAACGUUGUCAAAACAUCAAGAAGCAAGCGCCGUAAACAGCAUUUUCCUUGUGAAGUUGGGUUUUCGGAAGCAGUUGAAUAUCUCAUUGAGCCGCUAGAUAUCAGAAAUUUCACGCAAUUUUCUCUCCGUUAUGUGGAUACAGAGGAGAAGGCUUUGGGAACAACUUCAUUUGAAUCUAGAUUUGGAGGACAUCAGACCCUCCAGGAAAGAGAGAAAUCUUUCUAUGCUAGAAAUCAAACAGUUCACUGUGGUUUUGUCAAGGGACCCGUUGGAUUUCCUAGUACCGGAUUUGAUUUGGAUGAAAAGGACAAGGCAUACAUGAGUACUUGUCUGGUAGUGGUUUCUUCUUGCAUUUUUGGAAGCUCUGACUUUCUGAGGAGGCCUACAAGUAAAAAAAUCAGCAAUUUUUCCAAGAAAAAUGUUUGUUUUGUUAUGUUUUUGGAUGAGCAAACACUGUCCAAACUGUCUUUGGAUGGACAUAUACCUGAUGAUAGAGGAUAUGUUGGUCUAUGGAGAAUAGUUGUUGUCAAAAACCUGCCAUAUGAUGACAUGCGGAGAACUGGAAAGGUGCCAAAAUUUUUAUCACAUCGCCUCUUCCCUUCUUCUAGAUAUUCAAUUUGGCUCGAUAGUAAGAUGAGACUCAACACUGAUCCAAUGCUAGUACUUGAAUACUUUUUGUGGCGAAUGAGAUCAGAGUAUGCCAUUUCAACACAUUAUGACCGUCACUGUGUCUGGGAGGAGGUACUCCAAAAUAAGCGUCUAAACAAGUACAAUCACACAGCCAUUGAUGAACAGUUUAACUUUUAUCAGUCUGAUGGUCUCACAAAGUAUGACCCUUCAGAUCCAAAUACUCCUCUUCCAAGUUAUGUGCCAGAAGGUUCAUUUAUUGUACGGGCCCAUACACCAACGUCAAAUUUAUUUUCAUGCCUCUGGUUCAAUGAAGUUGAUCGAUUUACCUCACGUGAUCAACUUAGUUUUGCAUACACUUACUUGAAACUGAGGAGAUUAAAUCCAGAUAAACCAUUCUACCUAUAUAUGUUCAAGGAUUGUGAACGCAGAGCACUAGCAAAGCUUUUCCAUCAUAGGGCAUUGCCAUCGCCUCCACCUGUUCCUUAAUCACUGAAAUUUCUUUUGGCAGUUAUGUCUUGUCUGGAGCAGGUAUUGAAAGAAGAAAAAGCAUAAGAUUCCUGAGUGCCUUCUUCAAAAAUCUAGUUUGAUGGAUCUUUCAAGCUUGGCAGAAAUCAGACCUGAGCAUUCAGCUGCCUUAUGAGAGGAUGAGAUUGAUUAGGUGGAUGCCUUAUAUCUAUGGUAAAUGACUGUAUUCUAUGGGCAAGUAGUUUUCAGCAUGGAGAGCUUGGGGCUUUGUUGGACUAAAUGAUUGGUAAUGAUAUUGCAGAAGUGUCCCUUGAUAUCAGGGCUUCAUCCCUGCAUUAUUUUUCUUCAUUUUAGUUUCAAACUUAACACCAACCUACUUAAUCCGAUGUGUCCCCAUGUGCACAUACACACAGAGACUGAUGACUGAUUGCUUUUCCACUAUAGUUUGCAACACAUCUCUCUUCUGAAUAUUUACCAACAAAUUGUUGGGAGGGAAGAAAGGUGCUAAGUUCUUAAGCAUUAUUUUGUCCUUUUUGUAUCCUAUAAUUUUUCUAAUGGCAGGUUAGCAUGUUACAUUUUGUUGAGGGAGAAAGAAAGAGGGGGGAUUCUCCUAGCUGUUAAGAGAGCAUGGAAUCCUGCUGGUCAAUAAUCAAGAUCUUUACAUUUACUAACCCGAGUGUUCGAGAAUUGUGUAUUAUGUGUAUUGCACACAUCUUUUACUCUUAAUGGAGAGAGAAGGAAGGAGAGGUUAGAGUAUGUAACUGCUUGAGCAUGCAUUUUUUAUCUUCUUACUUUUGAAUUCAUGAUUCUUGGGGUCCUUAACCACUGACACUUGUAACUAUGCAUGAGAAUGCCAAUCAUGCUUUCUUGAAGGUCCUACAAUCUUUUCAUGACAAA